GCUGCGCCGGCUGCGAUUGGCCGGCAGGAAGGAGCCAAUGGGCAGCGGCGUUGUUGGCGGGCUGGGCGCGAUGGCGGCGCUGGGCCCGGUGUGGGGCCGCAGGUUUUCCCUGCUCCAGCGCGCCCUCCGCUGCCCCUUCCCGCUCCUUCCGAACUCCCUGGAGCUCCUCCCCGGCCACCCCCCCGCCCUCUGCCGCCUGCCGGGGCCUCCCUGGAGCUUCCAGCAGCUCCGCGGCAAAGCCCGAGGGAACGAGUACCAGCCCAACAACAGGAAGCGCAAGAAGACGCACGGCUGGAUCCGGAGGAUCAGCACCCCCGGCGGCAUCGCCGUGAUCCUGCGCCGGAUGCUCAAGGGCAGGAAGUCGCUGAGCCACUGAGGGACGGCCUCAAACCCGCCGGGAAUUUGGGAUGGUCCGGCUGAGCCCAGGGGUUGUCCCCGGGGCUUUGGCCUGCCCUUAAAUUGUAAAUUUAAAUUGCUGCUUCAAGUGUAAAUUCAAGUUGUUUCUCGAGUUGUAAA